CACGACGACAGGACGAUAAUGCAAUUAGAAAUAAAUUCACCGCGGGCUCGUUAGAAGAGAAAAACAGGAACUGCGUUCAUACCAGACGGGUGUACUUUCGUUUCGUUAUCUCUUGGACAUCACCUCCAGAAGAAGAUAACGGCGACAACGAAGAAGAAGAAGAAAAAGUUAAGUAGGAGAAGGAAGACGAAGAAGAGGUAGAAACGGAAGAAGAGGUUGUUACUGAAGGAUGGGAUCUUUGAGCCAGGUGUUCUGUGUUUGUGGAAUUCUUGCCCUGAUGACCGAGUUCUCACUUUCCGAGGAGAUUCCGGUGAUUUCGCAACGUCUGGUCGGGUCAGAGAUCGUCACCGAAAGUGUGAGGAAUUUUCUUCAGUGUAGGAAUCUCUGUGAUCGCCGACCUCUGUGCAAGUCUGUCAACUACAACACGAGGACACGAGAGUGUACGUCAAACUACCGUGACGUCACGACGUCUGACACACACUUAGAGUCGGGUGUACCAGGAGUAAUGUUUGCUGUAAAAAGUUCCACGCUACAGAGUGGCGGUGUUUGCGGCAACGAUGUUUGUGGAGACACUCAAGUCUGCGUUCAGAGAAUGUGCUUCAUUGAAGAAAUCGAUUGCGGGCGGCCUCCGAAUAUUCCAGAUGCCAACACGAAUAUAACUGGGACUAUGAUUAACUCGAUAGCCAACUACAGCUGUCAACCAGGAUAUUCCGUUUAUAAUGGAACGACUACAUCAACGUGUGACGUCACAAGGAAAUGGACUCCCACCCAUUUAUCGUGUAUUGUGGACUGUGCUCAACUACAAAUACAUGAUGGCUACCUCGAGUCUCCGUCCACCUUUAUAAACAGCUCGGGUGUUGUCAAGUGCGACCAGUACUUCCAGUUCUUUGGGAAUAACCAAUCGGUGAUAUGCAACUCUAGCGGACAGUGGAUGGGACCAGACGGGGAAUGUAAACGGGUGGAAUGGAGAAAUGAGACGUCGCUGUAUGCUCGCAUUCCAGCCCCAAUAACAGAGGGCUGGGAGAUGUACAUGCGGGCUGUACCUACAUCUCCUGCCAGACGUUUGGCUGUGAGCUUCAACAAAAUGUGGAACAUUAAUAUGUACAUGGAUUUGAGAUUUGACUUCCUUGGCGACGUGCGUACCACGAUCUUUAGUUAUCAGGUUGAUUUGUCAUGGGGUCGAAAGCAAAGAAUCUCAAACCCGUUUCCAUUCGAUGAAUCUGUCGUCUUCAUUCUCCAGAUACGGCGACAGGCGAAUGUGUUGAAGAUUAUCGUGGACGGCGUCCCGUUCUACGACUUCACGGCGGCAACGCCUAUUGAAGAAAUAACAAGUGUUGAAGUCAGGGCUAAUGUCUAUAUUUACGAGCUCAAUUUCAGAUACCCGGACUCAAACCAGCUCUCAUAAGUCAGAGAGUUAAAACAGGGAGAACGUAGACCUC